AUGGCUGCCCCGAGCCUUUCAGUUCACUCCCGCAUUCGCGCGGCCAAUUUGCCCACUCCCGCCUCGCCGUCCCAAGUGGCCGCCUUCCUGUCUGUAAUCUUGGAUUACACGGUACACCUGAGGACAGUCACGCCCCCACAGACCCGGGCCGGACUCAUAGAAGAGUACAGAGCGGCCCAACGCUUCGUGGAGCUGAUCGUGGACGAGCGUGUCCUACCGCUCGCACAGCAGAUCGCUCCCGAAUUCCGCUGGCCCAUUGAGCCAGAAGGCAAACCCUGGCUUCUCGAGGAGGUCCUCAUCAAAGUUCGUGGACGAGUCACUGAGCCUGAAAUGCUGCUUCCUGUGGACAACUUCUGGCAGUGGCAGCGAGAGAAAUUUUGGAAUCGCAUUCUGCUCAAUCUUGAGUAUCUGACGUUCGCCUGGAACAAGGAGUCCGAAGACGACCAGAAGAGGUUGCGGGAAGCGAGGGACGGGUUUGAGCGUAUGAUGGAGGUGGUCGACCAAGUGUACCGGGUGGACAGUUCGGAGCACUAUGCAACGAAGAUCCCACGAUCCGAUGACGAAGACGAGGACGAGGACGAGGAUGAGGAGGUAGUGCUAUUCGACCAAGGGGCUGGACUCGGUCAUCCGCCUGUGGGCGAAGACGAGGUUGCAGAGGAGUGA